AUGGAAAAUUUUUGCAACAAAGAAAACAAUGCAGUCGCUUCUUGGUUCCUCGGUCCACGCGCUGAGAACUGUUAUUUUUUCCGUGAAUUUUUGGAAGAGAUCACCGAUAAACAGGUGGAAGCGCGGCGUGAUAAAUAUUAUCCGAAAGAUCCCUAUUUUAUCACAAAUGAAAUUCGGGAUUCGGUCGAAUACAAUUCAAGUAUGGAAUACCUACGAGAAGUACUUGCAGAACUCUCAAAUAAACUUGUCAAAAAGACUAUACCGUUUUGGUCGCCACGUUAUAUGGGGCACAUGAGUAUGGAGUCAACUAUGGCGGGAAACCUUGGCUACGUGGCCGCCCUGCUAUACAAUCAAAAUAACUGUUCUAUUGAGGGUUCUCCAUUAACAACUUUGCUCGAAAUAUUUGUCGGAAAACAAUUAUGUGAAAUGCUUGGUUUUAAUGUUUACUGGCAUGAAAACGAGAAUAUUUAUAAUAUAGAAAAACUGGAUUAUAUUUCAACUGAAUUGCAUGAAAUCCAAGGAUGGGGUCAUAUUACCUGUGAUGGUUCGGUAGCAAAUUUGGAAUCAAUUUGGGCAGGUAAAAAUCUUAAUACACGUAAUCUUAAAUUUUACCCUCUCUCCCUCCGCCUGGCUUUCAAUGAUAAUGGUCCUUUAUCCUUCAUCGGUUCAAGUUUCAAAGUUGAAUUAGCCAAUUCCAAGGAGAAGCUUCUUAAGGAGUGUUCUACGUGGGAAUUGUUAAAUCUUAAGCCAACCACCGUUCUUGAUAUACCUGACCAAUUGUACAGUGAAUAUGGAAUUACUCCUCAAUUCUUGCAGGGCUCUCUUAAAGAAUACACUAUUCAGACCGUUGGAAAGGAUUACUUAGAAAGAAAGUUUAAUAUUACAGAACCUAGCGUGUAUUUUGCAAGUACAACCAUGCAUUAUUCAUGGCCUAAGGGUUGUGCCAUUGUGGGAAUUGGUUCGAAGAAUUUGUUAUCGGUUCCAGUAGAUAAUGCGGCACGAAUGGAUGUAAAAAAGCUUGACAAAUUACUCUUAGAAUGUGUCAAUAAAAAACAGGCCGUCUACGCUGUGGUGGCGAUUAUGGGAUCAACAGAACAUGGUGCUUGUGACCCGUUGGAUGAUAUCGUAAAGCUUAGAGAAAAGUAUGAACGUAAUUAUGGACUCAGUUUUGUAAUUCACGCGGAUGCCGCAUGGGGUGGUUAUUUCCGUUCUAUUCUUGUUAAACCACCCCCCGGUCCUGACUACACUCGUCGUCGAAAAGGUCUUGAACAAGAAAGAGAUUCAUUUAUACCUUUGUUAGCGCUAAAUCCUUAUACCAAAAAACAUCUGGAUAGUCUGAAACAUAGCGAUUCUAUUACUAUUGAUCCACAUAAGAGCGGCUAUAUUCCUUAUCCAGCCGGUGGCCUAUGUUAUCGUGAUCAACGCAUGAGAUAUUUGAAUACAUGGACAAGUCCGGUCGUCUUUCGGACAAAUGAACUAAGCAUCGGCGUUUAUGGCGUGGAAGGAAGUAAACCAGGUGCAGCUCCGGUAGCUGCUUGGCUUUCUCAUGAAAUCAUUGGCCUCCAUCAGAAAGGUUAUGGACUAUUGUUGGGGCAAGUGAACUUUUCAUGCUCAAAGAUAUAUUGUCAUUGGGCUACCAUGUCGACUGAAGAAGAUGACUUCAUCGUUGUACCCUUAAUUAUGCUUCCCGCAGAGAAGUGUUCUCCACCGAAUCCAGAAAAAGUUGAGAAGCAGAAACGAGAUAUCCGCAAACUCAUUGUUGGAAAGUCAAAUAGUGAAAUCAUAAAUAAUGAAGAUGCCAUUAAACUUAUUAAGGAUCUUGGAACAAAUGAGGAUAAACCACUAAUAUUAACCUCCUCACAAUUAAAUAAGAAAAAUUACCAAGGUUGCCUGUCAAACUUUAAGAAUCGUCUUGGCCUGAAGGGUGACCAGGACCUUUACGUGCUAAUCAAUGUUGUCACGUCUCCCUGGGUUACCGAAUUUGAUUUCAUCAGUGAACUGACAAAAACAUUUAAAGAAACUUUACGGGACUCCGUUAAGGUUUCAAUCAAGCGUAAUAAAGUUGAACCACAUUUCUAUGCAUUCGUUAUACAAGGCAUUGACAAGCUCUAUUUAACACAUUUGCCCAUGUUUCAAAUGAAAAAUCACCGUCAGCAGGUGAUCAUCACAGCAGAUUUACCAGAAGAUAUAAAGCAUCAAUACUUGAAGGCUCGUAAAACGAAUCCAUCACAUGUGUACUUUCUUGGAAAUCAAGAUAUGAUGAAGUUAGAUGAUAUCGCAUGCGAUGGAAGUUCUUUUAGAGGGGUUAUUUACAGGGAUUUUGAUCUAAAGACCAAAAAACCUACUGUAUUGAUCAAUGAUUUUCAAGUGACCAACGUCCGAGUGCUCAAGAAACGUCACCUAGCCACAAGAUUCCAAGAUGCCAAUUACCCUAAAGGUCACAUGCCAUUCUAUAUUUAUGGUACAGAACAAGAGUUGCACAUUGACCAUAUGCUCCUCAAAUUCCCAUCCAUCCAACUUUCGGCUGACCGUGUUAAACUUGAUCUCACCUCUGGCGAAUUGACAUCAACUCAGAGAAAAAAUGGAGUCAUCGUUCACAUCACUGACGUCAAUGAAGUUGCUAUGCAACCAUUUCAGGAGAUCCAAGCAAAUCAGAAAAGUCGCACAUUUCAUGUGGAACUUUAUGAAGAUCCGAUGCCCAACUCGGAUCAGAAUGGGUCGGGUUUGGAUAAUGUUAAGGAACCAUUUGCCAAAGGAACGAUCACGUUGCAGUCUCGUAGUUUGUAUAUCGAUUCUUAUUUGAUUAAUGAAGAUCCUACCACGGAUGAACGUGAUAAAAAUAAAUUUGUGAAACGAUCACAAUCACAGACCGAACCAAUAAGCUUUGUCCAUGUAAAUAGGCCUCGCUGGUAUGAGGAAAAG